AUGGACCGGUACGUGGUGGUGCUUCUUGGUGCGAUGUUGCUGGUAGUGUCGGUGGAGCAGACGAUGGGCCAUCUUCGGCAUGAUCCGCUAGGGUGUCACAAUGGUACGCAGAUUACCGUAGACGAGUGCUGUGCUAUACCGGCACUAGCCGAUAAGAGCAUCGUAGAGAAGUGCAAAUCCGAACAUCCCUUCCGGCCACCCAAGAAAAAUACUAAAGAGCACGGUCCCCAUCCAGGAGCGUGCAUCGCUGAGUGUAUUCUGAAGGGGAUGAGUGCCUUCAAGGGGAAGCAGAUUGAUGCUGCCGGGUUCAAGAAAGCAAUCCAACCGGCGGUCAAAGCCAAUCCAAACUUUGCCAAACUGUUGGAGGAUGCGGUUAAAACGUGCGAACAGCGCGUUAACGUGGAUACGGAAUUUUCCGUAAGUCCGGACAAAGCAAGCUGCAACCCGGUGGGAAAACUGUUCAUCAACUGCGUGUAUGGGACACUGUUUGAGCAAUGCCCAACGGGUGUCUGGCAGCAGAAGGACGAAUGCACACUGUUGAAGGACAAGAUAAAGAAAGGCUGCCCUUACUUUGCCAUGCGCAAACACAAUCAUCGGCAUAUGCGACCAACCUAA